AUGAUACUUAAGUGCCUCACCAUGGCACCCCGCCCAGUAUUCUGCCACCAAGGGGACGCUUGGUGGUUAAUAAUUAGCCAGGUGCAGCUGUCAAUGAAGGUUUUGGUAAAUUCGGUCUCCGGCACUCAAGGGACACCCAAGGGACACCCAAGGGACACCCAAAAGACAGGGAAGCGACACCAAAAGGACAUGGAAGAGACACCAAAGGGACAUGGAAGGGACACCCAAUUGGGUGUCCCUUGCAAGGGACACCAUAGGGACACCCAAGGAAUGCCCAAGGGGCACCCAAGGGACACCCAAGGGGCACGGGAGGGAUACCCAAGGGGCACGGGAGGGAUACCCAAGGGCACCAAAGGGACACGUGGAAGGGACACGGUACCCUCCGGUGGCAGGGUGGUACAGGAGGGUAUCCUUCGGUGGCAGGGUGGUACAGGAGGGUACCCUCCAGUGGCAGGGUGGUACAGGAGGGUAUCCUCCGGUGGCAGGGUGGUACAGGAGGGUACCCUCCGGUGGCAAGGUGGUACAGGAGGGUACCCUCCGGUGGCAAGGUGGUACAGGAGGGUACCCUCCGGUGGCAAGGUGGUACAGGAGGGUAUCCUCCGGUGGCAGGGUGGUACAGGAGGGUACCCUCCGGUGGCAAGGUGGUUCAGGAGUAGGGUUGGAAGUCAUCUAAGACUAAACUUCUAA